AUGGAGGGAGGGUUGGAACGUGGAACCGGUUCAGGAACGAACGAACGGGGUGAGACUAAAUCAGGAAAUCAGGACACUACUUACUUGGAUAGUAAGGAAGGAGAUAGGAUAGAACGGGUAAAGAAGGAUGGGAAUUACCCGACCGUGUUGUGUUUCGGGAGUCGGAGUCGGAUGAUGGGGUGGAUGAAUGAGUUAGUACGUAGUGAGGUAUGGUUCAGGAACAGGAAUGUUGGCCCCAUAUUAUCUCGGUUCACCAUCUACGUUCAACUAUACAUAGAAAAUUAUUCGAAAAUUCAUGAAAAUUAUAGCAAUAAACAAAAGCAUCAAAGAAAGAAAGAAAGCAAGAAGACCCCGCACGCUAAGAUAGCAUCGUAG